AUGGAAACAGUUCAUGCUUUACAAAAUCGUUAUAAUGAAACAAAAAUCUUGAGUGAUACUAAACAAAAAUUUCUUCUUGACUCAUCUGUACAAGCUCGACAGAAAGUUUGCCAAUGGUUUGAAAAAAAAAUUGCCGAUUUGAAUGAUGCACAAUACAAAAUAUUGAAUGAUAUCGAAUCUGAGAGAGAUCAAAUCCAGGUACAUUUAUACGAUCUAAAUGAAAAAGUUGAAGCAAUUGGCGAUCAAAUAGAAACCUUAAUAGAAACUGGUACCAUAAUCAACGAUUUAACAGCAAAGUUAGAUGACUUGAAUAAAAAAUUGGACAAUAUCGAUUUUCCAGCUGAACAUUCUCUACUCGCCAGAUAUAAAGUUUCUUUAACUAAUGAUGUUCACAAUAAUGUUUCAACAGAAGUAAUCUGCAAGGACAGUCAGACUGAUCUGACAAUGAAAGAUAUGACUCAGAAUGGUAUUCAAACAGAAAAUAGUCUACUAACAAAUAGUGAGGAGGAUGAGAAUGGUUCGAUGGAUGCUAAUCCAUCCUCUUUUCGAAUAAAUGAUACAGUUCCCAUGUAUCAGAACGUUGGUCGAAUUGCUAGUAAUGGAGAAGGUUUACUUUAUUGUUCACCCAUUCUAAAUCUUCUUUGUUAUCGUCAAUUAAAUCAAACUUUCGAAACACAUUGUGACUGGACUCAUUCUCCUAUUGAAGACAUGAUUUGGUGGUCAAAUUUAAAUAGUUACCUGUGUGCAACAUUAAAUGGCGUAUACACAGUAAAAUAUGAUGAUGGUGACUUUCGCGUUAGAUUGAUAAUUCCUGGCAAGUGGAAAUAUGUUAGAGUAGCGUGUAAUCACGAAUUCAUAUGGACAUGGAUUUAUUCAAAACUGAAUGCAUUCUAUGGUUUGUGUCAAUAUUCAAAGGAAUUAGAACUUGUACGCACAAUCGAUUUUAAGAGACCUUCUAUUGGAAAUUUUAUUGAUGGAAGCCUGAGUUUUUGUGUACAAGACAAUGUAUUCGCGUCCGUAUGUCAUUAUAGAGUAAAUAAACGAAAUGUUUUUCGUGUGACACUGUGUAAUACAAGUUUAACAAAAGAAAUUUUUACCGCUGUCCUAGGACAGUGUGGUAAUACACUAGAAAUUCGAAGUGAUAUCAACGGUUAUUUUUUUAUUGCAACUGGAACAAAAAAAUUAUGGAUUAUUAAACAGAAUGGUGAGAAGUGGUUUCUUGAAUUGGCGAACAAUUUGCAUGCUCUGACUGUUCUUGAUGAUCGAGAUAUUCUUAUUGCAACUGAUACAAAUAAUCUUCAACGUAUAACACGCGAAACCAAUGGUUAA